AUGCAACAUCGGCACAACCCCUCCUCUAGCUGCCCUACAUCACAAUGUGGACGGGGGGCUUUUAUUGCCUUUACCAGUGUAUAUAUUUUCUUCGCCGUUCUUACCCGCAAGAGCAAGCGUCCGCCUCUACCUCCCGGUCCUCGACGGAAACCCAUCGUGGGUAAUCUCUGGGACCUGCCCGAUCCAAGCCAGCAGGAUUGGCAGCACUGGCUGAAGCACAAGGAUCGCUAUGGCCCAAUCAGUUCACUCAGCAUCAUGGGCCAAACCAUCAUCGUCCUGAACGACGCCCGACUAGCGGUAGAAUUACUUGAGUCACGAUCGUCGAUCCAUUCCUCGCGUCCGCAACAACACUUUGCAGAGAUGGCGGGUUGGAACAACGUCCUCGGAGCGGUGAAGCAGUCCCAGCGCUUCCGAGCAACGCGCAAGAACCUGCAUAGGGAGAUUGGCUCCAACGUUUCGGUCGCUCGAUUCAAUGAAAUCCAGACAGCGGAGGUGGGUCGGUUUCUACUGAGGGUGCUGGAUGCGCCGGAUAAGUUGAUGAAGCAUAUACGCAAGUGGGUAGGGUAUGGAUAUACCAUCGAACCGCAUGAUCAAGACCCAUUGGUUGAUCUGGCCGACAAAGCAAUGAUGGAUUUUUCGAUGGCUAUGCUUCCAGCCACAUGGGCAGUGGACUUUUUCCUACCCCUGAAGUAUCUUCCAUCUUGGUUUCCAGGCACAGAAUUUAUGAAGAUCGCACAACGCUAUCGAAAGAAUGUCACGGCAUUUAGCGAUAUCCCAUACGCAUUCGUGAAGGAACAAAUGCGCACUGGCCGCUUUGUUCCCUCUUUUCUCUCCAACCUCCUCGAGAGCAGUGACCUAGAGCCUGGAUCCGAAGAAGAGAACACGGUCAAGUGGUCGGCUGGAUCGCUUUACGCUGGGGGUGCAGAUACGACCGUAUCCUCCAUAGCCAGCUUCUUCCUCGCAAUGGCUCUCUUCCCCGAAGUGCAGCGCAAGGCGCAGCAGGAACUCGACACGGUGAUUGGAACAGAUCGACUGCCGCAGUACGCGGACCGGGAACAAUUACCUUAUAUCAAUGCGUUAGUCAAAGAGACGUUCCGAUGGCAUCCAGUGGUACCCAUGAGCCUCACCCACACCUCAACCGCCGAUGAUGUAUGCGAGGGUUACUUUAUCCCUAAGGGGUCAUCAGUUCUUGCCAAUAUAUGGGCAUUCACCCACGACCCAGCAGCCUACCACGACCCCAUGACCUUCAAACCCGAACGAUUCCUCAGCCCAAAGCCAGAGCGAGAUCCUCACUUCCUUGUGUUCGGGUUCGGUCGACGAGUCUGUCCGGGGCGGACUCUGGCUGAUGUGAACGUGUAUCUCACUGUCGCUCAGGCACUUGCUGUGUUUGAGAUCUCGAAGCCAGUGAAAAACGGGAAAGUUAAGGAUGUUCAGCCGGAAUUUCUGCCCGGUGUCAUCAGCCAUCCUGCGCCGUUUGAUGUGUCUAUUCGGCCGAGGAGCGCGAAGCAUUUGGAAUUACUUCGGUCGUUGGAGCAAAAGUAUCCUUGGGAGAAGAGUAAUGCGGAGGAUCUGAAGAAUAUCUAG